AUGGUCGGACUUGAGGGAGCUGAGGUCAAUAAGGUGGAUAAUGAUGGUUUGACUGCAUUACACCAUGCUGCUAACACUGGUCAUAUUGACAUCAUCAUAUAUCUGAUCAGUGAGGGAGCUGAGGUCAAUAAGGUGGAUAAUGAUGGUUUGACUGCAUUACACCAUGCUGUUAACAAUGAUCUUAUUGACGUCAUCAAAUAUCUGAUUAGUCAAGGAGCUGAGGUAAAUAAGGAGGAUAAUGAUGGUGGGACUGCAUUACACCGUGCUGCUAAGAAUGGUAAUAUUCACGUCGUCAAACAUUUGAUCAGUCAACGAUGUGAUGUCAAUAAGGGUGACAAGGAAGGGACAACUGCCUUACAUAUCGCCGUUCAGAAUGGUUACACUGAGGUUGUUAAAGUCCUACUUACGGGUGGAGCGCGAUGUGAUACAGAAGACAUUCACGGCCAGACACCCUUACACCAAACCAUAAGCCUCGGGUACAGAGAUAUUGUUGAUGUUCUAGUUGACAACAGGGAUGCUAAGAGUGAUUCAGUGGCCAUCCAUCUAGCUGUGAUGCACGGACAUACAUCCAUCAUUGAGAGGAUGAUUGCUAAAGGAUCUGAUCUCAAUGUACAGUCUAAUGACGGUCAGACAUGUCUUCAUAAAGCUAUCAAAUUAUGCUACCAAAGGAAAAGGAAUGUUGAAGACACCGAAACACUCAGAAAGGUAUCAGAAGAAUACUACAGUGGCAGGUUAUCUCCUGAAAAGGCAUUGGUGCUCUAUCUCUUAGAAAAUAGAGCCAGGAUUGAUAUCAAGGAUGAAGCAGGUUGCCUACCAAUCCACUAUGCAAAUGAUGAAAUGAUCAGACAGAUGAUAUUGGCAAGAUCACCUGCCUUGGAUGGUGCACAGUCUACUAGAGAUCGGCCAUCGAACUCUAACGCUGCCUCUGUCAAAGUCAACAGAAAUUCCAGUCAAGAAAUCAAUCUAGAAGACCAUGGAAUAUCAAUGUACCUUCCUCCUGGAGCGGUUCCACCUGAUGUUUCUUGUCAGAUCACCCUAACCAUCUGUAGAGAAAAUACCUGUGUAGAUAUCACUGAAGGUGAAUCAAUGGUCUGCUAUGGGAUCAGGUGUGACCCUCAACCCUUGAUCUUCAACCAACCUGUUAAGAUCACUAUACCACACUCUUCCUUGGUCGUCCAUCCAGAGCAAGUAAAACCAGACAUCGUUUGUCGUGUGUGGGACUCUAUCAAGGAUCUACCGAAAACUCUAAGGAAGCAAUCAUCCAACUCACCAGACACACCACCAUACUGCAGACUUUACGAAAGACAUCUUGAGCUGUACAUCAGCCACUGUGCAGAGUGGUGGGUUCUGAUUCCACUCGAACAACAGGUGAUUCGACAGCGGAUAAUGUGUACUCCAUACGUCCCAGACAGGAUCGAAAGAGGACAAGAGCUUGCAGUUAAUCUUCAGUUGUGUAACGACCUACCUGGAAACGAAGCGGCAACACAAGAGGAGUCGAGACAACAAUCUUACCACAGAUGUCAUCGCUCGGUCCCUUUCAAUGUUGAAACAAAGGCUGGUGACGUCACAAUCACGUGCCAUCGUGAGGGAGGAGAAAUUGAGAGCCAGAUCGUUUCUCUUAGGGACCUUCUAGCCAAGAUAAACCAAUGUAUAUCAAUAUACGUUCCACCCAGUGAGGACGAUCUAAACUUUGCAGUGAUUACCAUAACGAUUACACAGGCUGGGAAGCUUGGAAUAUCACGAUCUAUUGCCUUUGUCAUCAGAUAUACAGAUGGACCUGUGUGCGAAUUUCCCUCCGAACAGACAGAUCUCACUAGGACGCUAGAAGAAGUAAAGAACAGUGACCUUCAAUCUGACAUAGACAUUCUAACAAUAGCCCAGACAAUGGACGUAAAUCAGUUCUAUGAUUUGGGCAUUGCUCUUGGCUUCACCAUAGCUGAGUUGGAUCGGGUAGAGUAUAAAAGAUCCCGAGAUAGGCAGCAAGCUACAUAUGACAUGCUUGUGGUAUGGAGAGGGAGACAAGCAUCUACCCAAGCAGCAAAGAAUACCCUCAUCACAAUUAUAGAAUCAUUCAACUCAUCUUCAAAUGAUACAACUUUACCAGAUAUUGACCCAACUGAAGAGAUUCCCGACUGUAUGCUAAUACAAUUCUCCCGUCACAUUAACAAAGAGAAAUUCUAUAAGAUUGGCAAGCAACUGGGAUUUGAUGACAUAGAGUUACAUCACAUCGAGCGUCGUUCCCUGUACAAUAGGAAGGAUGCUAAUAUCCAAAUGCUCUCGAUGUGGAAAGCAUCUCAAUUAUCAUCAGAUAAACCGGAUGAAAAACUGAAGAUGGUCUGGGAAUCCUUAAAUGAGGCUUCAAACGUGACGGACAUGAAUGAUGAUGAGCAGAGUGAUGAUGUGACUCCUCUUGAUCCGGAUGUGAAUUCUGACCCAUCACCCCGAGAACCAAAAGAGGAUGAAGAUGAAGAGAAUGAAGACUGGAAGAUCAUCGAAUACUCAGAGUCAGACAAAGAUGACAUUGUUGGAGACUUCGACGAGUAUGGAGGUUCACCUGGGAAUUCAGAACUUUGUGCAGUUGUUCGUCCAGUGGCAAACGUUACGUUGGCCUUACAAGUAGCUAACGCUCUUCGCUUGGACGUGAAUGACAUUAUAUCUCUCAUUGCUCCGCACGACCCUGCAUUAAUGGAGAGAUUAGCGUGGAAACUCCUGCAUCAAUGGUGUAGACGUCUAGGAAGACAGAAGGAAGAGAAGAUGACUACCCUUCUUCUAGGAUACAACAUCGAAGACACUCAACCAGGUAUUGAUGAAAUCUCUGUCAAGAUUCGUACAUCUGCAGACCUUAUUGACCUCUCCCAACGGCUAGAUUUACCAGCCUCUGAAUUUUGUCAGUUGAUGGCUUCAUCUUUUACCUUUGAACCUGCCUUCAUACGUCAAGUGAUUCUACAAAUGCUUCAGAGAUGGGUCAAACAAGGAGGAACAAGACUGAGGUUGCUUGAAAUUGUUCAAGCGUUUAAUUUCAAUGAUGCUGCAGAGCAUAUAGCCAGAGCAAUGCCACAUCACCGUGGUUUCUUAGAUCUGUUCACACAUGGCCUCAUUGAUCACGAGGGAGGAGAGCUGAGGAUAGACGAACCUGAUAUUAGGGUAUCCAUCCCUUCAGGAGCGAUCCCCAAAGGAAUGAAAUCACUUGUUACUCUCACUAUCCUCAGUCGAAGUCCAUCUAAGUUUCCUCUGGAUCCUGAGGAGGUUCUUGUAACACCACCCAUCCGAUGUUCCUUCAACCAUCAUCUUCUCAAACCUGCCACUAUAGUGCUUCCACACUACAUUGCUCCAGAUCAAUACCAGCAGAAGAAGCAAGACUUGCGUGUGAAGCUUUAUAGCAAAAUAGAACCAGGAGAAUUUGGUUACAGGACUUUGCUUCCUGAAUCGUCGAAGGGUUUUGAUAUCUCAGAAGACAGGGUCACCUUCUCGACACGUCAUCUUCAAUACUUUGCUCUGUCUUCAAAUGAUAUUCAUGGAGUUCAGUUCAUCUGUGAAGUAUCACAGCCUCUGUUCAUGAGCAACUUCCAGCAUCCCAAUCUUCGAAUCUACAUAGCGCAUCCUUGCAAUACUACAGGUGUAAGAGGACAGAAUUGCAGAUUGUCGGAACCAUUCUAUGAAAUCACGACUGUUAUCGAAUUCAAUCUGGAAUCUGCUGAAGAUGACAUCAAGAUUUCAUGUCUAACUGGCUCAGAGAAGACCCAGGAAACUGUUCAUGCGUGUUCCCUACUAUCUGGAGGUUGUAAUACUAUCAACAUCAAUCUACCGUCCUCAACCGAUGAUAAGAUUGUUCGUGUUUCCAUUGAGCAAGGCCUGGUCACACUUGCAGAACAAGAAAUUAAUAUCCGUAAAGAAGUGGAACCUGAUUACGAAAAAACACAAAGAAGAGGCCGAAUGAGGUUCGUUUCGAACAACAUGAUACAGGUGUUGACUGAUUUAGUCAGUGGAAUGAAGGAUGCAAGUGAGCUUGGUUACCAGCUGGGUUUCUCCCACUCGAUGGUCAUCAAGUACCUUUCCAGAGCAGACUCUUCCGCAAGUAUUGUCUCAAAUGCAGGUCUUAAAGAGAUGCUUAAAGACUGGAGAAAAAGCGUCCGACCUAGUGAACAGGUUAAGAAACUUCAACUUGCUUUAGAGACCGUUGGGUUAAGAAAUGAAGCUGAAAUCAUAUUUCACAACACUUAG